CAAUUUGGGUUGUGAAGAAGGAACAUCAAAAUCUCCAGCUUUCUUUUCUCUCAUGAACUUCUCCCAGAAGUCACCUGGCUUUAAUUUAUUUGAUUCUUCUGUGUUUGGGGCAGAAAAUUCAUCUGACGAGACAGAGGAAGGUUAUUCUGUGGGAAAUUUGAACCCUCUGUCCCCACAAAAAGAUAUUGGAAGCUUGUUUGGGAAAUCAGAAAGCGAGGAUGCGUUUGCCUUUCCCUUCCCCUCGGAAUCAACUUCUCAUGCAUUUGAAGAUGGAAAAGAUGACUUUAGUUUUCCAUUUGCAUUUGGACAGGAUCAGAGAUCAUCACGGUCUCCUUCUGUGAAAGGUUUUCAUUCUUCCUUACAAAAUACAAAGCCAUUUACAUUCUUUUGAAUACCUUUGACUUCCUUUUAAAUUGUUUUUCUACUUAGCCUUGACAAAUGUUUUCAUUUUCUUAAGUUAAAGCACGAAGCAUUUAAUCUCCUCCUUUCAUUUCAGCUAAGAACGUUAUUGCAAUUGCUGCAAGAACAUGUGUAUGUUCAUCAAGCACACAGACUUUGAGACACAGAUUUUAUUUUUCUCAUUUUUUUCUAAAUGUGUUGCUUUCAUAAAGUGUUAUGAUAUGCUAUUGCU